UUUUUUUUUUAAAUUCAAGACUAUGCAAUCAGCACAAACAGAAUUAGACUUUAUAAACCUUUACUUGGAAGCUCUUUCAAGCAAGUCUGUUCGUUAUGGACAGGACUACACAACCCAUACUUGGCCCACUCAAAGAAUUAAGAAAGUACCACCUACACCCGUUAUUCUAGAGAAAGCACCUGUUGCACCUGUGUCUCAGUCUGUGGAUGGAAACAAACUUGAAGUUACUGUCAAAGUAUUGAAGCCUUCUUCACAAUUUACUAUUGGUGGUUUGUCUCCCAAUAAUACUGUGGCUCAAUUGAAGCAACGUAUUUACCAACAACAAAGUUCUCUUCCUGUCAAUCGUCAACGUUUAUUGAUAAAGGGAAAGGCUUUGCCUGACCAAAAGACAUUAAAUGAGCUUUCUAUUCAAGAGAAUGCUGUUGUACAUUUGAUGGUGACAGCUGCUCCUGCUCCCUCUACAGGUCGUUUUGGUGUUUCUGCAGAAGCUGAGCAAAAGAUGUCUAGCCCUGAAUUUUGGUCAGCCUUGGAAAAGACAGUGAUUGAACAACUUGGUGAGACAGAUGCCAAGUUAGUUUUUAGUAAAAUCAAGGGUUCAUUACAAUAAAAAACUAUUUAUUACA